AUGCCUCUGAAAGAGUCUGAAAUCUGGAACGAAUCAGACGACCCUGCCGUUACUUCAGCUGACCAUGGGAAUUCGUGGUCUGCGAGGCAGAGUUAUGCCAACACCUCCACCAAAGACAGCUCCGCCUUCUCUUGGGGCUAUGAUGAAUUUGAUAAAGCUGCCACACAACAAGUUCAGCAAAUGUUCAGACAAAUUGAUGAGCUUCUCUAUGAGCAGAAAGAAAAUGUGCAUGUUGAGGGACUGCGGGAAGAAUGCCACCUGUGGACAGCCAACUUUCCUCAUCUCAGGGUUGUGGGGAAGCAGAUAGUGAUCCCCACAGAUGAAGGGUAUGGAUGGUAUUCAAGUUCACCUUCUGGCAGUUUAGGUUCCUCAGAUGUAAGUUCACCACAAGAAAAAGAUUCCAAUGAAUUUAGUGUUUUUGGCAAGAAGGUACCUCUUUCUGUUACUCCCGUUCACAAAAAGGCUGACCAUUCCAAGUCUCCGACCUUGUGUUCUCCAGAGAGUGAAGAAGAUGAAGAUGGAGUAAUCGUCUCUGAAGGUGUAAUGGAGGAAUAUUUAGCAUUUGACCGCAGAGAUGUGGAGGAGGAGUUGCAUGAGAGGAAAACAGGACUGUCUUCUGGUAGAUGGAAACUGGGGUUUCCUGCUCUCUCUCUGUAUUCCUGCCUGAAGGAUUCUGUGCUCACAUUUGUGUUUGAUGAUGUGUGGAGUGAAGUCCUAGGCUGCAUGGAAGAAUUAAUUUGCAGACACUGGGAAGGGUCAGCCUCUGAUGAUGAGAAAAAUAUUGUGACUCUAGAAACAAUCAGAGCAGAUGCUGGAAGCCCUUUGCAGUUUGAUCCUCUGCCAGCGUUGUUACCGCGUGUGCCACAAACUAAAAUGCCCUCAGUGACAUCAAAUCUGUGCCCAAAACCCAGAUGUGGCCGCAAAAGCAAAAAGAGGAGAAAAACACCUCAAGUAAAUCUCUCUCAAGGGUCAAGUAGUGGCUCUCAACGUAAUCUAAAUGGCUUGAUGGUGAUACACGGGAUCCAGUUACAGCAAAGGAAUCUGCCUAUAAUGGAGAAAACACUGGACCUGGAUGACAAACAGUCAGGCUCCAGUUCCAUCCUCUCUACCAGAGUGUGGCCAAAUCGUCCCCUGGAGCUCUGCACAUCAUCCCUGUCAUGUUCCACGAGAAGGCGAAACCCACCACCACGUACCCUGCUUCCCAUCAACACAAGCCACUCUCGUACCGGGACCCCAGGGUCUGUGGACGAUGUCUUCAGGGGAACUCGAUUUCCGACUGCACAUGAGCAGCUGACCUCGCCCUCCCCACUGCCGCUAAGCCGCAAUAAUCUCCUACCGCCUAUUACGACCUCCGCUGUGGCAGAGCACGCAAGCACUGCAGGAUCCCACAAGCAAACGAGAUCUCGAGGGACGUCAAGUCGAGCUCAUAGUGUAACAACAGAUGAAGAUACCCACCAGCAGCUACAGGAGCGGCUUUUCUUACCUGAUCAUUUCUCCAGGCCUAACACAACCAAUGCAUUCUUGCCAGAUCCACAGCGCCGCCGUUCUUGCACCGUUACGGAUUCUAGUAAUCAGUCUUGGACAAGCAGAGGAUCAACAGGUUCAGGUCUCCAGCUACAUGGUUCUGUGAAAGCCCACCGUCGAAGUGCAUCAGUCACAAAAAGCAAACAGGGGUUCUGA